AUGCUGACCGCCGCUCCGCUCGCAGCGCGCUCUGCCAUCGCGCUGUGCUCUUUGGCUGCGGCCGGGCGUGGUCAUUUGGGCGUGGUCAUCCGGGCCGCAAACCUGACGGAUCCUGGCGACUGCGAGGCGCUCUGCUGCGUGCGCAAGCCCGUCGAGUUUGUCGUCGAGCAGGGCUCAAAGGGCUUCCUGGGCCAGGUGGCGGUUCUCGAGCCAGAGGUGGCGCGGAGGCGGCGCGUGCAGGCGCGGCUCGGCUCGGCCAUUCGAGACAAGGCGAGGGUGCUGAUCGCAGCCGACGCCGGCGCCGCGGAGCUGGCCGUGAUUGGGACGGUGGACUGCGUCGCGCUGCCCGCCGGCAAGGGCCGGCGCGCCAUGGGGCCCGAGCUUCCGCAGCGGCUGCUCAUCCGCAACCUCUGGGUCGCCGAAGCUUUCCGCCGGCAGGGCAUCGGCCGGCGGCUGAUGGACGCCGCCGAGGAGCUGGCAGCCGAGAUGCACAUCGAGUUUUUGAGCCUCGACGUGCUUGCGGACAACGAGCCGGCGCGGCGGCUGUACGAGGGCCUCGGCUUCACCGACCUGGAGCCGCCGCCGGUGCCCGUGCCCAACUGGCUGCGCGGCGCGCUGUCACUGGGCAAGGCGCUGGCGCCCCCGGCUGCAGACCGCAGCCCGGCCAUCACGUACUGGAUGUUCUCGCGCAGCUGCGCCCGCGGGGCCUCCGCGCGCUCGGCCUCGCUCGCGGCGCGCUCGCCAGCCUCCGUCGCCCGGCGCGCCUUCUGCCGGUCCUUCUUGGCCUUGCGUGCCGCGGCUCGAGCCGCGAGCUGCUCCUUGGUGGGCUCCUUCUUCUUCGGCGCGGUGCGCUCGAUGUACGAGCGCUCCGCCGCCUGCACCGACUCGCGGUCGCCCGCGGCCUUCUCGUGCUUCAGGUCGACCUCGAUGGUCGCGUAG